UUGUGUCUUUCUUCAUUCUACCCACAGCUCCUCGCCGGCAUUUUACUCUUUAGCGUUUUAAACUCGUUUUUAGAAAGUAAGGGUAGUAGGAAUGAGUGGGGACCAUUCCCAUAACGAUUCCCAGAUUAAUUCUGGAUCCAAAUAUAGUGGCCUCCAGCUAAACCCUGUUUACUGCCCCCAUCAGUCUGGCAGUUGGAAUUCUCAUAAACAAAAAGACAAGUAUAAGGACAAAGAACACAAACACAAGGACCACAAAAAAGACAAAGACCGUGAAAAAUCAAAGUACACCAACAGUGAGCACAAGGAUAAACACAGAGAGAAAGAAAAGCUGAAACAGAAAGAUGGAUCCUCAGACAAGCAGAAGGAGAAGGACAAGUACAAGGAGAAGAGGAAGGAGGUAAAGCCUUUUGAUGGCGAGUCCAAGAAAGACCGAGAGAAUGGCUUUGCUAGCCCCCCUCGUAUAAAGUCUGAGCCUGAGAGUGAAGACUUUUACCACUCGCCCAAGCAUAACAAGUCCCUAAAGAGAGAGCGUGAUGAUGAGGACUCUGAGUUCAAGCCAAAAAAAAUAAAAACUGAGAAUGAUAAAAGUGAAAAGAAAAUAAAGAAAAGGAAACAGGAGGAUGAUGAGGACAUUAAGCCCAAAAAGAAAACUAAAGAGAAGAAAGGGGAAGUGGGAACAGAUGGCAAGAAGAAAGUGAAGAAGGAGCCAGAGGAGAAGUGGAAAUGGUGGGAGGAAGAGAGAUAUACAGAUGGGGUCAAGUGGAAGUUUCUGGAACACAAAGGACCAGUGUUUGCUCCAGCGUAUGAGCCUCUUCCCAGCAACAUCAAGUUCUAUUAUGAUGGCAAGCCCAUGAAACUCAGCCUAGGGGCAGAGGAAGUUGGAACUUUCUUUGCUAAAAUGCUGGACCAUGAAUAUACUACCAAGGACAUAUUCCGGAAAAACUUCUUUAAAGACUGGAGGAAGGAAAUGACUGCAGAAGAGAAGGCUAAAAUCACAGACUUGAAUAAGUGUGACUUUGGGGACAUGCAUGAAUACUUCAAGGCUCAGUCAGAGGCCAGGAAGGCCCUGUCUAAGGAGGAGAAGCAGAAAAACAAAGAAGAAAAUGAGCGAAUCCUGCAGGAAUAUGGCUUCUGUGUUAUGGACAAUCACAAAGAGCGAAUUGCCAACUUCCGCAUUGAGCCUCCAGGUCUGUUCCGCGGCCGAGGAGACCAUCCGAAGAUGGGCAUGUUGAAGCGCCGUAUCCGCCCAGAGGACAUCAUCAUCAACUGCAGCAAGGACUCCCAGCAUCCUAAACCACCCCCUGGAACUAAAUGGAAGGAGGUUCGUCAUGACAACAAAGUGACAUGGCUGGUGUCCUGGACUGAGAACAUCCAGGGUGCAAUCAAAUACAUCAUGCUGAACCCCAGCUCGAGAAUUAAGGGUGAGAAGGACUGGCAGAAGUAUGAAACUGCUCGGCGACUGAAGAAGUGUGUGGACCGCUUGAGGGCUCAAUAUCGUGAUGAUUGGAAGUCCAAGGAGAUGAGAAUCCGACAGAGAGCAGUGGCCCUGUACUUCAUUGACAAGCUGGCUCUGAGAGCAGGUAACGAGAAGGAGGAAGGUGAAACGGCAGACACAGUAGGUUGCUGCUCCCUUCGGGUAGAGCACAUCACCCUCCACCCAGAGAAAGAUGGCAAGGAGUAUGUGGUGGAGUUCGACUUCCUUGGAAAAGACUCCAUCCGUUAUUACAACAAAGUUCCUGUGGAAAAGCGGGUUUUCAAGAAUCUUCAGCUCUUCAUGGAGAACAAGCAACCAGAGGAUGACCUGUUUGACCGCCUCAAUACAACCAUUCUUAACAAGCAUCUUCAGGAGUUGAUGGACGGACUGACGGCCAAAGUGUUCCGUACCUAUAACGCCUCCAUCACCCUGCAGCAGCAGCUGAAGGAGCUGACCAGUCCGGAAGACAACGUUCCUGCCAAGAUCCUCUCCUAUAAUCGCGCGAACAGGGCAGUAGCUAUCCUGUGUAACCACCAGAGGGCGCCUCCUAAGACUUUUGAGAAGUCCAUGCAGAAUCUACAAUCAAAAAUCGAUGCCAAGAAGGAGCAGCUUUCUGAUGCUAAGAGAGAACUAAAGAGUGCCAAGGCUGACGCCAAAGUACGCAGAGAUGAGAAAUCCAAGAAAGCUGUAGAGUGCAAGAAGAAAGCUGUGCAGAGGGUUGAGGAGCAGCUGAUGAAGCUGGAGGUGCAGGCCACCGACCGUGAGGAGAACAAGCAGAUUGCCCUGGGCACCUCCAAACUCAACUACUUGGACCCGCGCAUUAGUGUAGCCUGGUGCAAGAAGUGGGGCAUCCCUGUCGAGAAGAUCUACAAUAAAACUCAGCGUGAGAAAUUUGCAUGGGCUAUUGACAUGGCAGAUGAAGACUUUGAAUUUUAAAUGCUGUUGCAGUUUUAAUAGCCCUUUUUUCUGUUUUUUUAAUAUAUAAAUACCUUUUAGCAUAUGUUAUUCCAGCAGGUGUAUUUAAAAAUAAAA